AUGUGGCAGAGAAUUUAUUCGAGCUGUCAUAUUCACGUGUGGAGGAUCUCGCUGGAGGAGGAGUGUGGGAGAUUCAGCUUUAAACGGAGAGGACAAUUUGGAUCCAUGGAGCUCAAAUCCAAUGCUUCAAGUCCCCAGAAGCCAAGAUGCAACUCAACCAGACUUGUGGAAAGCCCAAUCAUCGGAGGACACAUCAGUAGCUGCAGAAUUCAGUCGUUCCGCACAUUAUCCAUCUACUACAUCAGAGUGACCAGUAGUAUGGAGUGGCAACCAGAUGAACAGAGUCUGCAGCAGGUUCUCCAGCUACUCAAGGACUCACAGUCUCCGGAUACAGCAACGCAGAGAGCUGUACAAGAAAAAUUGGAACAACUCAACCAAUUUCCAGAUUUUAAUAACUAUCUCAUAUUUGUCCUCACAAGUCUAAAAUCAGAAGAUGAACCAACACGUUCACUCAGUGGUCUCAUAUUGAAGAAUAAUGUAAAGGCUCACUACCAGAACUUUCCCCCAAAUGUGGCAGAUUUCAUCAAGCGUGAAUGCCUCAAUAACAUUGGAGACCCCUCACCGCUCAUCAGGGCAACAAUUGGAAUCCUGAUAACAACGAUAGCAUCCAAAGGAGAGCUUCGAACCUGGCCUGAGCUGUUGCCUCAACUCUGUAAUCUGCUGAAUUCAGAUGACUACAACACCUGUGAGGGGUCAUUUGGAGCGCUGCAGAAGAUUUGUGAAGAUUCCUCUGAGCUGUUGGAUAGUGAUGCCCUGAACCGACCUCUCAACAUUAUGAUUCCAAAGUUCCUCCAGUUUUUUAAACAUUGCAGCCCCAAGAUAAGAUCCCACGCUAUAGCCUGUGUAAACCAAUUCAUCAUUGGCCGGGCUCAAGCGCUCAUGGAUAAUAUCGACACCUUCAUUGAGAGCCUGUUUGCCUUGGCUGGGGAUGAGGACUGUGAGGUGAGGAAGAAUGUGUGCAGAGCAUUAGUGAUGCUGUUGGAGGUCCGCAUUGACCGGCUCAUUCCUCACAUGCACAGCAUUAUUCAGUACAUGCUUCAGAGGACCCAAGACCCAGAUGAGAAUGUGGCUUUGGAGGCUUGUGAAUUCUGGCUGACUCUGGCGGAACAGCCCAUCUGCAAAGAGGCUCUCUCUGGACACUUGGUUCAGUUGAUUCCUAUUUUGGUGAAUGGAAUGAAGUACUCUGAAAUCGACAUCAUUCUUCUCAAGGGAGAUGUUGAAGAGGAUGAAACCGUUCCAGACAGUGAACAGGACAUCAAACCACGCUUCCAUAAGUCCAGGACCGUUACUCUGCAGCAUGAAGGCGGUGAUGGAGAGGAGGGAGAAGACUUUGACGAUGAUGAGGAUGAUGAUGAUGAUACACUAUCUGACUGGAAUCUUCGGAAAUGUUCAGCGGCUGCUUUAGAUGUUCUUGCCAAUGUGUUUCGUGAGGAGUUGCUGCCUCAUCUCUUGCCCCUGCUCAAAGGCCUGCUGUUCCAUCCUGACUGGGUCAUCAAGGAGUCUGGUAUCCUUGUUCUCGGAGCCAUUGCUGAAGGCUGUAUGCAGGGGAUGGUUCCCUAUCUGCCAGAGCUCAUUCCUCACCUAAUCCAGUGUUUGUGUGACAAGAAGGCUUUGGUGCGCUCCAUUGCCUGCUGGACCCUCAGUCGCUACGCUCACUGGGUUGUCAGUCAGCCUCCUGACGCUCAUCUGAAGCCUCUGAUGACUGAACUGCUCAAACGCAUUCUGGAUGGCAAUAAACGGGUUCAAGAGGCCGCAUGCAGUGCAUUUGCAACUCUGGAAGAGGAGGCAUGUACAGAGCUGGUGCCUUACCUGAGCUUCAUUCUGGACACUUUGGUUUUUGCUUUUGGAAAAUAUCAGCACAAAAACCUGCUCAUCCUUUAUGACGCCAUUGGCACACUUGCAGACUCUGUUGGACAUCACCUUAACCAGCCUGAGUACAUUCAGAAGCUCAUGCCACCACUUAUUGCCAAAUGGAAUGAGUUGAAGGAUGAAGACAAGGAUCUGUUUCCACUGCUCGAGUGUCUAUCAUCUGUUGCCACGGCGCUUCAGAGUGGUUUCUUGCCAUAUUGUGAGCCUGUCUACCAGCGCUGUGUCACGCUGGUCCAGAAGACUCUUGCACAGGCCAUGAUGUACAGUCAGCAGCCAGAUCAAUAUGAGGCACCAGACAAGGACUUCAUGAUUGUAGCUCUGGAUCUUCUGAGUGGGUUGGCUGAGGGACUUGGGGGACACGUGGACACUCUGGUGUCUCGCAGCAACAUCAUGACUCUACUUUUCCAGUGCAUGCAGGAUACAAUGCCAGAAGUAAGGCAGAGUUCAUUUGCACUCCUGGGAGAUUUAACAAAGGCUUGUUUUCCUCAUGUGAAGCCUUGCAUUGCUGAAUUUAUGCCAAUUCUUGGUAAAAAUUUAAAUCCAGAAUUUAUUUCGGUUUGCAACAACGCUACUUGGGCCAUUGGAGAGAUCUGCAUGCAAAUGGGAGUGGAGAUGCAGCCCUAUAUCCCCAUGGUGCUCAAUCAGCUGGUUGAGAUUAUCAAUCGCCCCAACACUCCCAAGACCCUGCUGGAGAACACCGCAAUCACAAUUGGUCGACUGGGUUAUGUGUGUCCGCAAGAAGUUGCCCCCAUGCUGCCUCAGUUCAUCCGUCCAUGGUGUACGUCUCUACGAAACAUUAGAGACAAUGAAGAGAAAGACUCUGCUUUCCGUGGCAUCUGCAUGAUGAUCGGUGUGAACCCUGGAGGUGUAGUGCAGGACUUCAUCUUCUUCUGUGAUGCUGUCGCGUCCUGGGUGAACCCUAAAGACGACCUGAGAGACAUGUUUUAUAAGAUCUUGCACGGUUUCAAGGAACAAAGCUUCUACACCCACCCGAGGAGGUGCGUCAACAGGAGGAGGGUGAAUGGGAAACUCAUCCAUCUGUGUAUUGCACUGCCCUGA